AGGCAAACCCUAAACAAACACCACAAAACAAAAAAGGGGGGACAGAGAAAGAGAGGGAGGGGGACAUAAAAUCCAGGGCGAUAAGGCCAGCUGGUCUUUCUGUUGCCGAAGCCUGAGCGUGGCUGAACUGUACUCCAGCAUCACCGUUUCGUUUCUUCGUGACCUAAUUCCAAUUGCCUCCUUUCUCUCUGGAUUGCGAGCUAGUCGAUGGCGGCUCAAAUAACCCGAGAAUGGACCGGAAUUCAGACGUUCCCGCCGGCUACCCUGAACAAAUUGCUUGAAUUGCUUGGGAAACUCAAACAGGAGGAUGUAAACACCUUGACAAUUCUCGUGAUGGGGAAAGGAGGUGUUGGAAAAUCUUCAACUGUGAACUCUAUCAUAGGGGAGAAAGUAGUGGCCGUCAGUGCUUUCCAGUCAGAAGGACCAAGACCUGUCAUGGUUUCACGGUCACGAGCAGGAUUUACAUUGAACAUAAUUGACACUCCAGGACUUGUUGAAGGAGGAUAUGUCAAUGAUCAGGUUCUUGACUUGAUAAAAAGGUUCCUUUUGAAUAGGACCAUUGAUGUUUUGCUUUAUGUUGACCGGCUGGAUGCAUAUAGAGUGGAUAACUUGGAUAGGCAAGUUGUCAGAGCUAUAAGUGAUAGUUUUGGUAAAGAAAUAUGGCGCAGAGGAGUGGUUGUCCUGACACAUGCUCAGCUCUCCCCUCCAGAUGGUUUGAGUUAUGAGGGUUUCUUUUCUAGAAGAUCAGAAGCUCUUCUAAAAGUUGUUCGUCUUGGGGCUCGGAUAAAGAAGCAAGAUGUCCAGGCUUCUUCUAUUCCCGUUGUUUUGGUUGAGAACACCGGGAGAUGUAAUAGGAAUGAGAAUGAUGAAAAGAUUAUUCCAAAUGGGAUUGCCUGGAUUCCGAAUCUAGUCGAAACAAUAACAAGUGUUGUUUCAAAUGGGAGUAAGGGCAUUUUGAUUGAUAAAAAGUUGAUCGAGGGGCCAAACCCAAAUGAAAGGGGAAAGAUAUUGAUUCCUUUCAUUUUGGCAUUUCAAUACUUCUUCGUUGUCAAACGGAUACAAAGAUGGAUUAAGGAUGACAUUGCAAGAGAAAGUAAAUCUGCGUGGGAGUAGUGGAACAUGGGUUUGGCUAACGUGAAGAAGCUCCACCUGCUUGGUUGUUGGUUUUGUUACAUCUUGGUGGUUCUUACAGUUAGUGGCAGUAUUAAUCUGCGGCUGUUUGUUCAGUGUUUAGAGAGAACCAGUUUUGUACUAUGUUCCUUCAUACUUCCCUUUGCAUCAACCUUUUUCUAGUGUUGCUGAGCACGCCUUUUCUUUUUUUGGGCUCCAGGAUUGCUGAACAUUUUAUGUACUGUUUUUGUGUUUGCUUGCUCUCAUUUCCUAUAAAGUGCCAACUUUGUGUUUACUGAGCCCAUCUUGUUAGAUUAGAUUGCCAUAAAUAGACUCUUGUAGUAGACAGCCUGUUGAGUCUAGCAUGUACUGGUGUUAAAAUUAAUUUAUAGAUGUGGAGGGGAAGGUCUUUUAACG